ACAGUACAGGGCCCAGGCAGGAAAGAGCCUGUGCUUAACAGGAUGUUACACUGGUGUCGCAACGUUGCCACUGACUGUACAAGAAGAGGUAGAGCUUCCAUCCAAAAGCCUCAAAAGUCCAAUUUCUCUGUCUCUUGCUUUCCUGCCUGCUGUGCUCGCACCUGGGGCAGAACCCCUGUGCUGGUACUAGUCCUGCGCUGACGAUGGCCACCUUUUCCCAGCUGUUCUCAAAAUGGAUUUUAGCAGAAAGAGAGAUAUAGGCACCGGCUCACACCAUGCAUGACAUUUAACUUACAGAUCUUUUAUGUACCGUUUGGCUUUGCUAGGGUUUGCUUUGCAUCCCUGUUUUGCGUUCUGUCGCGUGCUUUGCCUGCAGCCACGUGAGGGUCCGUUCCUGAGCGCGCCAGCCCUGCCUGUGGCUCGGGGCUCCGCACGCGGCUGGGAGAGCGAACUCUGCGCUCGGGUUUUCUCGCGGGGGUCAGAAAGCGCUCAGAAACACCGAACUCGCAAGACUGUACUAACAGCUCAUGUAUCAGUGCUGUUGGCACGGGGAUAAAUCAUUUGACCUCCAAGGUGUGGAGGAAUGGUUAGGAUUCCGAAUGUAGUCUUGUAAAAGGACUGGGCUGUUUCCAUCUCCGGAGCGAGGCGCAGGUGCCGGCUCGUCCCCAGUGCAGAGACAGUGAUGUCAGUAAGAGGAGUGUGUUUGCUGUUACUUCUCGGCUCUUUCUCACGCUCAGUGACAUACAGAUGUUUCGUUAAGGACGGCUGCAAAACACUUCAUUUCACAUGCCGGGCUGAAAGCCGCGGUGCCACCAGGCUCGAGGUUGCCUAACGUGUGCGUGACGUGACAGACAUUCCUGGCCUCUGCGCUCACCUCCCGAGCCUUCCUCCACGCGCCGCAGUCGCGUUUAGACAUGUGCGCCAGCGCGGGUGUCUUCGGGCUCAGGAGCUCUGGAAAGGCACCGUCAGUGAGCUGAGCGUCAGCGAGCCGGAGAGAGGUAUUCGGUGCGUGCCCGUUCCUGCACGCGCUCCCCGCGAAGCCGCAUUCCUAGCGUGUGUGAUUCCCUGCGCCUCCGCGAGCCGAGAGCCCGGGUGCACGCUGGCAGCGCAGAGCCGGGAUGGCAGUGCGGGCUCGUCUCAGCGUGGCAGCGAGGAGCUGAGUGCCCCUGGGUGUCGGCCCCCCACCCCCCCGUCCUGGGACGCACAGCAUGGUGCUGCUCUGCCCCGCCAGCCCCCCCGCGCACAUGGACCAGCCCACGCCGCCCCCCCCCACCACGCGCAGACAGGCACGCCUCCAGGAGAGGAGGGGCUCCAACGUGUCGUUGGUGCUGGACGUCAGCUCUCUGGGUGCCGUGGAGCCCCUGUGCUCCAUCUCCACACCGAGAGAGAUCACUCUGCAUUUCCUGCGCAACACUCGACGCCCGCUGACAGCCGCUGAGCUGCAGGAGGCUGCUGCCAACACUCAGGAACUGUCCCAGGAGUACCUGAAAAUCCCCCCAAACUUCGUGGACCAGGCGGAGCUGGACAUCCCCGGCCAUGCCUUAAAGGACAGAUACAAAACCAUACUGCCGAACCCCCAGACGCGGGUGUGUCUCUGGAAGCCAGGCGCAGAAGGAGAUGGGGAGACCUACAUCAACGCUAACUACAUCCGAGGUUAUGAUGGUACUGAGAAAAGCUACAUCGCCACCCAGGGCCCCAUGGUCAACACUGUGUGUGACUUCUGGGAGAUGGUGUGGCAGGAGAGGAGUGCCGUCAUCGUCAUGAUCACCAAACUCAAGGAGAAGAAGGAGAAGUGCGUCCUCUACUGGCCAGAAAAGACAGGGACGUACGGCAGGUUUGAGGUGACCGUGGACGAGGUGAAGGAGUGUGACAGCUACACUCUCCGAGUCCUCACUGUCAGAGUGCAGUCAGAGAGUCGUCAGGUGAAGCACUACUGGUACUCCUCCUGGCUGGAUCACCAGACACCGGCCUGUGUCCAGUCCGUGCUGAAGCUGGUGAAAGCGGUGCAGGAGAGCCAGCGGGCCCUGUGCUGCCCAGGCCCCAUCAUCGUUCACUGCAGUGCAGGGAUCGGACGGACAGGCUGCUUCAUUGCCACCAGCAUCGGCUGCCAGCAGCUGGAGAAGACUGGCGAGGUCGACAUUUUGGGCAUCGUGUGCCAGCUGAGAAUUGACAGGGGCGGGAUGAUUCAGACCAGCGAGCAGUACCACUUCCUGUACCUGACCCUGGCCCUGCACAGCCGCCAGCUCACCGGCACGGGCCCGGAGCCGCGCUGAGCCUCCGCCCCGCCCCACCCCGGCCCCCGCGCGGCUGGGGUCAGGGUGUGAGCCGUGAGCUGCAGCCGGGCCCGUGGCCGCUGGCCUGGCCGGACCGGGAGGACUGCACCUGGCGUGUCACUGCGCUGUCCGCACCUGGAUGGAAGCCGCCAGCAGGAGAUCAUGUGACUGCUCCUCUUCCUCCUGAAACCUGCUUCCUUUUAUUUAUUUCAUUUUGCUGCUUUGUUCCCUCCACCCCCUGCCCCCGCCCUCGCUGUCACCCACCUCUCGGGUCUUUUGCGAUAUUAUACUCCUUUCCUCUUGCCGGAAAACCCACUUCACCUGUCCCGCUGUCCAUGAGCUGGGGUCACCCCCCUUCACCACUGUGCUGCUGCUGAGGGGCGUCGUGCACGUGGGAGAUCAGGGCUCUGAUCGUACUUAGGGGGGCUCAGUUUCAUGUAAGGGGUGCAGGGAGGCUGAUCGCUGGACGCGGGGCCGACAGGCUGGCCAUUGCAUACCGCCGGUGUGGACACUAACACAGCUCCCCUGGGUAAUCAGCAGCCCCCCAUCACGCCUGGCCUGUUCUGCUUGUCCUUAUCGAGCAGGACAGCCCUGGACUGAACCCUCCUCCCCAGACCUCCACGAACAGCGCCUGAAUGUCUUUACCUGCAGAGCCGCAGAGACGCUUGUUCUCUGUUUUUCCAUGAAGAUUUCUAUGGAAGGUGGCUUUGGGAACAGAAGAGGAAACGUGAAAUCCAGGCGUGUCGAGGCACACACACGCGGCAGCCACAGGGCACCCUGCAUGGGGACUCCAGCACCCCGAAACACAGGGGUUCCCCCUGGGGCGGGGAGUGUGGUCCAGAAGCCUUUCCAGUGGUUUUAACUUUUCUAACAGAAUGUUUUAUACUUCACCUGGUGUCAACACAGGCGCAGAAUUUUCAGAACUGUGAAUUUAUGUGCCGUGGAGACUGCAGACUGCAAGAUACGUCAUGAAAAUAAAUCGGUAAAUAGAAA